UCCUCCGACCAUUCGUACGGCAAUUAGACAAUUGGAAAUUAUUUAAACGCUUUUAAUUUUCAUUCCUGUUCGUUAUCAUUCAUUCAUCGUUAAAGAUUAAAAAAUCUCGAGAUGAAACUAAUUUUUGCAUUUCCCGUAAUCUGGUUUGUCGUCACUCUUACUGACGCUGGAGUACCGUUACCGCAACCAGGUGAUUCCCAAGAUCAUUUAACGAAAAAUUGUCAGAUACCAAAAUGUCCCGUUAUGAAAGAUCAAGAAAAGCCACUUACCCUACCUUAUCCCAUGGAUUGCUUACAAUACGUUGAAUGCAAAGGAUCAGAAACUCGUGUUUUGGCUUGUCCACCCGACGAAGUCUUUGACAAGGAAACUUCCUCUUGCGGUCCUCGGGAGAAGGUCCACUGUGUGCCUUGUUACCAACAAGCACCAUGAACUUAUUUGCUUGAUUUUUUAAAAUAAAUAAUAGUAAAGAAUUAA